AGAUCAUCGCCAGACAUACGAUUUGCAUUGGUUCCACCUAUUGGCUCCACCGGAUCAGUGAGAGCUAUAAAGGGCCCCACCGCUUUCGCCCUGGCCUUCAUACCAUACUCGCCAUGAACUUCAUACAGAUCGCCGUGCUGUUCGUCCUGGUCGCAGUGGCCUUGGCCAGACCACAGGAAGAUCCGGCAAAUCUGCCAGCUCCAGAGGCAGCAGCAGCACCACCAGCAGCAGCAGCAGCACCACCAGCAGCAGCAGCAGCACCACCAGCACCACCAGCACCACCAGCUGCAGCACCUCAAGCCGCUCCAGCGGGUGGUUCCGGUAGAAAGAAAAAUGUCAAUCACAACGUCAUAACCAUUGGAUAAAAUUCUUCGAAAGGAAGGAGGCCACAAUCUUGAUUUAAGAACCCAUUGGUACACCCAUAUUACACGCACUGCGUUAAUAAAUUAUUUUCAUUUGCGUCGCAAUGUGAGGUAUUUAUUUCACUUCAAUAUACACAAGCAGUUUACUGCUUGUUGUAGAACUCGCAGAACAUCAUCUCUCUGACACGGAUUUUAAAGGGUAUCUGAUAGUCGCGGCACUCCAGCGCUUUGUAUUGAUUUUCAGUUUUACUUCGCUUUAGGUUUUUAAACUAAGUCUUUUAUACUU